AGCCCGGGCGCCAGCUCGGACCUGGGCUUGGGGUCCAGCUCGCUCCGCCCCCUCCCCGAUCGCUGCGCUUGUUACAGAGUGGAACGCCAUUAGUUCGGCCGGUUGUUGGCGUGCGCGCGCAAGCAGCAACCACAGCCUCUCCCCCUUCGAGUGUUUACGCCCCCCCGCGCGCCCACGCACGCACCCACGCAGGCCGCACCGCCCUCCUUCCCCCUCGGGCCGUCAGCACAGCGAGCUGGGCUGAGCGAGCCUCUGCCGCCGACUGGGGCCGCUCGGGCGGGCCGGCCUGCCGCCACCGAGAUUGAAAGCAUGGCAAUCCUUUUCGCAGUUGUUGCCAGAGGCACAACCAUCCUUGCCAAACAUGCCUGGUGUGGCGGAAAUUUCCUGGAGGUGACAGAGCAGAUUCUGGCUAAAAUACCCUCUGAAAAUAACAAACUCACUUAUUCACAUGGAAAUUACCUAUUUCACUACAUCUGCCAAGACAGGAUCGUGUAUCUUUGUAUCACAGAUGAUGACUUUGAACGUUCCAGAGCCUUCAGUUUUCUGAAUGAAAUCAAGAAGAGGUUUCAGACUACAUACGGCUCCAGAGCCCAAACAGCCCUUCCCUAUGCCAUGAACAGUGAGUUCUCCAGUGUUCUGGCUGCACAGCUGAAACAUCACUCUGAGAACAAACAAGUGGACAAAGUGGUGGAGACUCAAGCCCAAGUGGAUGAACUAAAAGGAAUCAUGGUCCGGAACAUUGAUCUAGUGGCCCAACGAGGAGAAAGACUGGAGUUACUGAUAGAUAAAACAGAACAUCUGGUAGAUUCAUACUCAGAUGGAUCUGGGGAUGUUCCCUCCACCAGUGCAGAUUCCAGUGCAUCCGUGCCUACCCAGCCUAUUCAACUGCUGUCCAUGUUCUCCCAUAAGCUUGCCAAAAGCAGUCCUCCCAACGUGCUGAGAGCCUCACAUUGCAAAGAAGCUGCUACAGGUGGAACACAGACUGUCCAGCUGUUAGCCCUCACCAUAUGACCAGCCUGUCUUAUUGUUCAAUCUUGCAUUUCCUUAAUAAUAUCCUUUACUCCUGUUUUGCAACGUUUGUUGUUUGUUUUAUGUUGUAGCUUAUUCACACCCACCAUGAGUUUUUCCUUGCCCUUAAUGCAAUACUUAUUUUUGGUUCUUCAAAGACUACUAUGGGGGCAGCUAGAUGGUGCAGUGGUAAAGCACCAGCCCUGGAUUCAGGAGGACCUGAGUUCAAAUCCGGCCUCAGACACUUGACACUUACUAGCUGUGUGACCCUGGGCAAGUCACUUAACCCCAAUUGCCCCCCCCCAAAAAAAAAAAACCCAAAAAACAAAAAAACAAAGACUACUAUGUUCCAUGUCUCACACCUAUAUAAUAUUGGUCGUAUGUUGGUAUUAAAAAGAUCUUUGGGGGCAGCUAGGUGGCGCAGUGGAUAGAGCACUGGCCUUGGAUUCAGUAGAACCUGAGUUCAAAUCUGGCCUCAGACACUUAACACUUACUAGCUGUAUGACCUUGCACAAGUAACUUAACCCUCAUUGCCCCGCCAAAAAAAAAAGGGGGUCUGUUUCUGGGAGAAAUUUGGGAUUAUUAAGAGAGCUUUGCAAUUUCCUGAAGUUAAUCCAGCCUUUUCUUUCUGUUUAAUUCUGAGCCCAACUAAAUGUCCAUUUGUAUAGUAUAUCCCAGGUAUCUAUACUGAUAGACAUGUUUCCAGCCACAUGCUGUAUAUACAGUUAAUAGACAUUCUUCAUCCACUUGUUUUUUCCUGUGUGGAUAGUUCAGAGUCCUCCACAUUGUCACAAAUUGAUUCCAAGAGGCUCUACCCCUCCAUCCUAGUAGUGAAUACCUUGUGUGGUCAUAUCCCCUCUCUGUUUUAAGUCCUAUCUGAUAUUAUCUCUGUUGUUUUAUCUUUAAAGAAAUCUUGAAUAAUUUUGAUGCAUAGAGAAAAAACACCUUAUUGGAAGAGAUGGUCCUUUGCUCUAUCAAAUCAAAUGUUUUUCAUUGUAUUCUCAACAUUUUAGUCAUUUGCAUGAGAUUAAAGAUAUGGUCUGCUAUAGUAUAUCAUGGGAAAAAGCCUGCCUCUUCCCUUUAGGCUUAUUGGAUCCUUGAUCUAGACCUGAAAGGGGCCUUAGAGGUUAACUAAUCUAAUUCCUUCAUUUUGACAGAUAAGGAAACUGAGGCUGGCAAAUUAAGUGACACAGGUAGUAAGUAUUAGAGCUGGCAUUUGAAUUCAGAUCCUGGUAGUCUUCCCACUACACCACAUUGCCUCCUAUAAAAUCCUCCCUACUACUCUGAGUGUAUACUUCAGGAGUAACAUAGUAAUCACCACAUCAGUAAGAAAUCAUUUCCUGUCAAAAUAGAAAUACAUUUCACUUUUUGUCACAUUAGUACGCAUCACGUCUAACACCUAGUGAUUUUCUUCUCAAAGAUUCAUGGUGUAGAGGUAUGUGGCUUCUGUGUACAGUCUACAUGUCUUUAGCCAUUCUCAAUCCUUAUUCCUGAACUGUGCUUCCCAGUGUAUUCCUCACCAUCCUUUUCAUUGAAGAGGCCCAGUACCAAAACCUCUGCUGACCUAGUUGGGAGGGUCUCAUUGAGUUCUAUAUAGAAUGUCUCUCCCUCUUCACAUCCUUUACAAUAACUGUUGAUGAAUAAACUGCAGUGACUCUCUGGUGCUCUUUUUUGCAGAUAUUUAUCAUGAGCAGUACAAUAGGAAAUGAAAAACCAUGCAGUGUGCCUUUGGGCAACUCCACCAGUUCCUUUGCCUUUCCAAGGAGUGUCUCACACCAUAUUUCCAUUUGGUGGCAACUUCCUUCUUUCUUCUGGCUUUAUUUAUAGCCAGAGUGUUAAGAUUAGUAGGACCCCAGUCCUCAAAAAGUAUGUCUACUCAUUGAGACAAGGAUCUCAUAUGUAGAAUACCAAUAGGCAAGUGAAAGUUUACAGACAGUUGGAAAACUGGAAUUCUUAGGCCCUUUGUCAAAGCUCUUUGCUGCCACUUGGCUACCAUCACUGCAGAGGCUACUUUGUGUUUGUUUCAUGGAUCACCAUGAAGUCCUCCCCAAUGGGCAGCUUCCUGGUGAUGAGCCUCUCCGCCCUUAGCAAGAACUGAGUAAGGGGCUCCAGUUCAAGUUUAACUUUUCUUUCAGCCAUUGCAGCGUGAGAAGCUUAGCUGUAGAAAUAGCAUCAAAAUGAAAUGUUGGGGCAGCUAGGUGGUGCAGUGGAUAGAGCACCAGCCCUGGAUUCAGGAGGACCUGAGUUCAAAUCUGGCCUCAGACACUUUAACACUCACUAGCCGUGUGACUCUGGGCAAGUCACUUAACCCCAACUGCCUCCCUAAAAAAAGAAAUGUCAGCUUUUGUUAAAGAGUACCAAGUGCUGCCGUUUUUCAUAGCUUCACAGAUAUUAAGCCAGAAGAUUUGCCAUAUUGUAUAGGCCCUUAAGCCAAGCUCUUAGAGAUGAGCAAGUUCCAUUCGACUACUAAAGUUUGUUCAGUCCCCUUCUCCCACUCCACCUCUCAUCCUUCCUUAGCACCCACUGUCACUGAGCUGCAAUAUGGUCUAUGUUUUCCCCAGGCAGCAAGUGGAGGGUCUUCAUUAGCUCUGACCAAAAUGGAAUGUGGCAGUGAUUUGGCAGGAAGGGAAAGAGGGGACAUAAAUAAUUGGGAUCUAAGGUUUGGGGCCCAAGUUGCAUUUCUUUCUUUUUUUUUUCAAACAUUGUUUGCUUUUGGCCUUGUUUAGAGUAGAUACCAUUUUUGCCCCCCUUUGUACUUCUUGCUCACUUUUCUCUACUUCGAAGUCAAAUGUUGUAAAGAAACAGUGAAUUUUAUAUGUAUACUCAACAGAGCUUUCUGGGAGAAGGAAGAUAUAUUUCAGGAAUUAUGGAGAGAAUGGAAUAUUGAAUAUUAUGGAUCAAACUCUUCACUCAUUU